AUGGACGUCUUAAUAUGUAAAAAAUGGCAGAACCUUGCUAUUGAGUCUUGGGGAAAUGUUCACCAUGUUGACUUUCAUGGUAUAUUUCAAAUAUCUCACAAAUAUGCAGGUUUAACUGAUCGAGUUUUGAUAUCAUUAUUAAAGAAAGGUUGUCAAAACCUCAUAUCACUCGAUCUUUCUGCCUCUCCAUAUCUUCUCAGUCAUUACAGCUUGAUAUAUAUUGGAAAUAUAUGUGAAAAGUUGGAGAGCAUAAACUUAUCUUUUACUUCUGUGCAGAACAAAACAUUGAAACAUCUUGGCUCAAAACUUUUGCAGCUUAAAAAAAUUAAUCUUGCUAGGUGCUUGCAUGUUGGUGAAAAAGGUCUGUGGUGGUUGUUUAAAGAUUUAAAACACUUGGAAUAUUUGAAACUUACAGAAACAACAAGACUUUCGGGAAAAUGCUUGUACAUGCUUCCACCUACAUUAAAAACCGUUGAUUUCAAUACGUGUUCAAAGACCAAAAUACGUUGCGAUAUUGCUGUGUUGUCGUUAGGGACCAUCUCAAAUUUGAAACUCUCAGAUCUGGGAUUGAAAAAUCUGGCAAUGCGAUGUCCAAACUUGACCAAUAUUAAUAUUUCGUUAUGUUUGUCGAUCACCAAUGCUGGUGUAAAUGCACUAUUAGAAGUAAGUGAAACAAAACUUUUGAAGAAGAUGGAGAAACGUUUUGACUGA